ACAUAGCUCAGAAGGGCCAGCAACUACAGCAGGCUGUCACAAAGGCUGGCAAGGGAUUAGGUUAAGAAAUAUCUGCCUAGGCCAUUGGUGGGGACAGGAGCUUCGUUCUGCCCUCAGCACAUCUGAAGCAGGGUGCCUGGGGCUCUGUCAACACUGCCCUUUCCUCCUCUCUUCAGGGAAGAGCCUGGUCCGCCAGCAGUUGCUGUUGGUUUUUCCAGUGCUGAGGGAGAAUCCAAGGAGACAUGCUAAGCAAGUGCUCUUCCACUAAGCUAUACCCCAUCUCCCUUGGGCUAUUGGAAAGAGUUGCUGAGAACUGGAAUACUGAGAAGGGCAGCCCUCCAGCCCACUCCCUGAUAAUCAUUUUUCAGUCUAACCUGCUCAGACAUGGUGCCCAUGUGUAGAACACAUCAGGAAGCCAAGGAGUCACAGACACUCCCCUCCAGAAUGCCAGGGACUUGAGCCACUGUAGUAUCCCUACCACAGGAGGGCUGCAGCUUCUCCCGAGACCUUUCUCUUUAGGAGGGUAGUCCUCAGACGAGCAUCAAUAGGAAGGCAGAUGUGGACCUGGACUCGGAACGGGUUGGAAUCUCAAGCUUGUAGCAUGAGAAGGAACAGCCAUGCCUCCUAUCGUAACCUAAGUCUUGGGCAGUAGGAUCCAAUGUGCCCUCACCUCUUGAACUAAUUUCUUUGACAGUGGCUUUGGCAUGUCACUCCUGGUCUCUGUUACCCAUUUUCACUGCUGUAAGAGUAAUAACCAGACGCCCUUCAGGAGUAAUGCCAACUGUUACACUGGCUGCAGCAGCUCUGAAGUUUAGGCUCCAGCCCACCUUCAUUCCUAGUGGCUCAACCUGGGCUCCACCUCCUCUAGCCCCACCUCGGCAGGUCCACGGGGCUUAUCCAGACCUCUAGUUCACCUACCAAUGAAUACGGAGCAGCCUUCUAAGUAGCCUGGCUGUGCAUUCCUUGUCCACUUCGCAGUUCUCCAGAGUCAGCCACUGCGGCAUCAUGUGGGCCUGGGACUUCCUGCUCAGCUUCCUGCUUACACAACUGGCGGCACAGGUGGACUCCAGUGGUACCUGGUGCUACGACUCCCAAGACCCAAUGUGUGGCCCUACCCACUGGAAGGAACUAGCACCUGCCUGUGGGGGCCCAACCCAGUCCCCUAUCAACAUUGACCUUCGAUUGGUCCAGCGGGACUAUGCUCUUAAGCCUUUCGUCUUUCAAGGCUAUGAUUCAGCACCUCAAGAUCCUUGGAUCCUGGAGAAUGAUGGCCAUACAGUGCUACUGCGAGUAAAUUCCUGUCAACGGAACUGUCCAGCCAUCCGAGGGGCUGGGCUUCCAUCACCAGAGUACCGGCUACUGCAGCUGCAUUUCCACUGGGGCAGCCCAGGGCACCAAGGCUCCGAGCACAGCCUGGAUGAGAAGCAUGGCUCUAUGGAGAUGCACAUGGUGCACAUGAACACAAAGUACCAGAGUGUGGGGGACGCACGGAGCCAACCAGAUGGGUUCGCUAUACUGGCUGUGCUGUUGGUGGAGGAGGACAGGGACAAUACCAAUUUUUCUGCCAUUGUGUCUGGCCUGAAAAAUGUAUCUUCACCUGGGGUAGCUGUGAAUCUGACGUCUACCUUUGCACUGGCCUCUCUGCUGCCAAGUGCUGUGGGGCUCUUGCGAUACUACCGAUACUCUGGGUCUCUGACCACGCCGGGCUGUGAGCCAGCGGUGCUCUGGACUGUUUUUGAAAACACCGUACACAUUGGGCGUGCGCAGGUAGUCCAGUUCCAGGCCGUGCUCCAGACUGGGCCACCAGGUUUGCACCCCAGACCACUCACGGAUAAUUUCCGCCCCCAGCAGCCUCUUGGAGGGCGCAGGAUAUCAGCCUCUCCCGAAGCAUCCGUCAGAUCUUCAGUCUCUACCCUGCCCUGUUUGCACCUGGUUCUUUUGGGCUUGGGAGUUGGCCUGAGGCUCUGGCAAGGUCCCUAGGUCCAGCAAUGACUCCACAGUAGUGCUUCCACAAUAAAUCAUGCACAGUGA